CAUUCCUUUCUUUACUCCUCUCCCAAGAAACAUAAUAGAAAGGAGAAGAGCAGAGAAGCAAACUUGAGGAAGAGAAAGAAGAAAUGGCUUCUUCUUCUUCGUUCUUCUUCGUCAUCUUCUUCUUGUUGGUUUCGGCUCUGUUCCUUGAGACUACUGCUCUUCCCGAGCUACCCAACCUGACCACUCUCUCUUUCGAGGAAGGCUACACGCAGCUCUUCGGAGACUCCAACCUCAUGCUUCACCGCGAUGGCAUGGCUGUCCACCUCUCCCUCGACCAGCGAACUGGCGCUGGAUUUGCGUCGCAGGACCUCUAUCUCCAUGGAGUCUUCAGUGCCUCCAUCAAACUGCCCUCAGAUUACGCUGCCGGAGUCGUCGUCGCCUUCUAUAUGUCGAACGGAGAUGUAUUCGAGAAGACGCACGACGAAUUGGACUUUGAGUUCUUGGGGAACAUAAGAGGCCGGGAGUGGAGGGUUCAGACCAACGUUUACGGGAACGGCAGCACGGCCGUCGGAAGGGAAGAGCGGUACGGGCUCUGGUUCGAUCCCACAGAGGACUACCACCGCUACUCCAUCCUGUGGAGCAACCGGAGGAUCAUAUUUUACAUCGACAACAUUCCCAUCAGGGAGGUGGUGAGGAGCCAAGCCAUGGGUGGGGACUUCCCUUCCAAGCCCAUGUCCCUCUACGCCACAAUCUGGGACGGCUCCAACUGGGCCACCUCCGGCGGCCGCUACAAGGUCAACUACAAAUUCGCCCCUUACGUUGCAGAAUUCGCGGACCUUGUCCUCCACGGCUGCGCCGUCGAUCCCAGUGAUCGUAGAAGAGCCUGCCAGGCAUCUGAUGCUGAACUCUAUGAUGCCAUCACAAUGUCUGCCGAUCAAAGAACAACCAUGGAGACGUUCCGCAAGAAGCACAUGACCUACUCUUACUGUCAUGACCGCAUUCGUUACCCAGCACCACCACCAGAGUGUGUUCUUGGUCCUGAAGCCGAGUCAUUCCUUGCAUCAGGCGAAGCAAAGUUCAAUUAUCGUCGUCGCCGGAGUAAGCAUUACGGCCCGGAGCUCAGUAGACGCAGUCCUUCUAGCCUAAUGGAUUGAAUACCGAAUAAGUUCACGUAGCUUAGAGGGAUUUUUUUUGUGCGUAUCAUGCAAUUUGAGUGGUGUAUAGCAAAUUUGUUUGAGGUAUUGAUGUCAGGUGUAAUCCACAUUGUUUAGGUGAUAUCAAAGUGUUCUUCCAAUCUUUUCUGUUUC